AUGUUUGUAUCCAUUUUCGCAAGUUUUGAAGCUGUAUCAGGAAGAUCAAAUAAAGGUCAAUGUAACAUUAAUCAAAGCAAAAAUAUGCAUAAUACAACAGAAAUCCUCCUUGAAUCCAUUUCAACAUUAAAAAAGUGUUCCUAUAUUGAUCAGAAUCAGUUAUCAUCAAAAACUUGCCGCAUGAUUAAUAAUAUUAGGAAAACCAAACUCUUACAUGGUGCUUACCACCUGCUUAGACCACCUGUACCCUUUUAA